AUGUCUAAUCCAGUCGGCUCCACUUUAAACAUCUAGCACCUUCCAUGAUUCAUACACCCAACCCACCUCCGAUCCGUCGAUCUCAACCGUCCAUUCCAUCAUCUACUCCAUCUCUCCAUUGAUUCACCUAACACCCCACACUCUUUUCUACAUUCCUUGCUUUGUAACCCAAGCAAAAAUCCAAACAACUUCCCACAACCUCAAUUGCAUCUCCAUCAAACAAACGACAUUUGAUCUCAGUGAGUUACGCAUUCGUUCUCUCACAAGACAAAAAUGGAGGCAAAACAGACGAGUGUUUUGCUAAUCGGCAUACUGCUUGUAAUUGUUUCGAUCGCGAAUGCUGAUUCUUCAGCACAAGUAUUGGUGAAGAAGGUGAAGGGGAAGAAAGUAUGUGAUAAGGGUUGGGAAUGUAAAGGGUGGUCGGAGUAUUGCUGUAACCUUACAAUUUCCGACUACUUUGACACCUACCAGUUUGAGGAGCUCUUUGCAAAAAGAAACUCUCCGGUGGCCCAUGCGGCCGGAUUCUGGGAUUACAAGUCUUUUAUCACCGCCUCCGCCCUUUAUCAGCCGCAUGGAUUUGGUACAACCGGCAACAAGACUACUCAGAUGAAGGAGAUCGCGGCGUUUCUUGGCCAUGUUGGCAGUCAAACUUCUUGUGGUUAUGGAGUGGCAACUGGAGGACCAACAGCAUGGGGAUUAUGCUACAACAAAGAAAUGAGUCCUCCCCAUGAGUAUUGUGAUGAUUUCUACAAGUACACUUACCCUUGUGCCCCUGGAGCAGGAUACUAUGGUCGUGGUGCUUUGCCCAUUUAUUGGCAAUACAACUAUGGGAAAAUUGGUGAAGCCCUAAACGUAGAUCUUUUGAACCACCCUGAAUACAUCGAACAAAACGCAACCUUAGCCUUCCAAGCUGCAAUUCACACGUGGGUAACCCCAAUGAAGAAGGGUCAGCCCUCAGCCCAUGAGGCAUUUGUGGGUACUUGGAAACCCACAAAGAACGAUACUUUAGCCAAAAGAUUCCCCGGUUUUGGUACCACAAUGAAUAUCCUUUAUGGUGAUCGUACAUGUGGAAAAGGCGAUGUGGAUGACAUGAACACUGUGGUUUCCCAUUACUUGUAUUAUCUUGACUUGAUGGGUGUUGGACGUGAAGAAGGUGGGCCCCAUGAGGUGCUGACGUGUGCUGAGCAGAAACCCUUUAACCCAUCGGCUUCAACUCAAGCGUCUUCAAGGUAAGUGCGAGUUCAACAGUCAGCAUGAUGUUCGUUAUAAAAGAUGUUGAUGUGAGGUUCAUAUUCUAAAAGUCGUAAUAGUGUGGUGAUUGUGUGUUGUCCCUCUGUUUAUAUAAACACUGGAAAUUUUUAUUUGUCUCUAAUUAGAUGUGUUCUAUGGAUGUAGUUUGUGAAUUUUGCAUUUUAUGAACUACAAAGAUCGAUGUUAUAUAUGAGUAUAUGAUGUUUAAGCCAA